AUGGAUGAAAUCCGUAGCAGGCAGCCACUUUUCGUUGAUGCUAGCUUCGAAACAAUAGCUGCAGUGAAUGAGCAUGCUGCUCUACCGCACUACAGAAGUGAUCCAGAGACGGGCAAAAUGCUGAUAACAAAUUCCAGUGUGUUCCUACUCGAUUCCGGUGGACAUUAUCGUGAUGGCACAACAGAUGUAACACGGACAGUUGCUUUCCCGGGCAAUGCAGAUAAGGAAUUCAGCAGAAUGUUUACACUGUUUUCAGGAAUUCGUCUGGACUCUCUGUCGCGACAAUCGUUGUGGGCUGAUGGUUUGGAUUUUGAGCACGGUGUUGGUCAUGGCGUCGGACAUUUUUUGAAUGUCCAUGAAGGACCAGGCAAGGAAUUAUUGCUGGAAAUCGGGGACUGA